GUAAAUGUACAAAACCUAUAGUCUACGGGUUUUCACGUGGACUCAAAUGUGUUACAUUGAUUUCUAGCACAGCAAGUAGAGCUAAUACGACCCGCAUGGUGACCUUAGAAAAUACUGUAAGCAUCCUAUCCCGCAUAAUGAAAGGAACAAACAUUUUGUUGUAAUUCAACUGACACUCAGGACGGCAUAUAAAUUUAAAGCUCCCCCGACAUUUGCACUCCAGUGCACGACAACGGAUAGCAUUUGCUCGCACAAUUCCGAUAGUCACCAAUGUAUUGCCGUUUUAUUUUUUUCUUAAUCUCGUCUGAAAAUAAGGUAUUUCCGAAAAUAUUGAAGGCAGCACUAGCGGUCCAGAGAAUUGCGGUUGGUUCGUGACGGUGCUAAGUUCACGCACCUAGUUCACGCCAUCAAACUUUUACAAAAAGUUUCCUCUGCGUCGACCCCAGAAGACGAUUAAUAUUUCAACAUGUCCGAAGACUCGUGGGCGCAAGCCGUUGACGUUCAGGAGGCUACGGCUCCAUCCUCUCAGUUUGACUUAUCACAGAAAUUGAGUCGACUUCGCGAUAAGUGUAACAUGAAAGGAGACAUAAAUGGCAACAUAGUGACACAGAGACCUGAUAAUGGAGGCUGGAAAGCGCCAGACGGGGACAAACCGGACCUGGCCGAGCAGUCCCUGCUGAAUAAACUGAUCCGGCGCUCUCUGGUGAGGAGCAGACACCAGGUGGAGGUCCUGCAGGCUGACCCCACCUCCCCCCUGUACUCCGUCAAGACGUUCGAGGAGCUCAGACUGAAACCAGAACUGUUGAAAGGUGUGUACAACAUGGGCUUCAACAGACCAUCCAGAAUCCAGGAAAAUGCGUUACCUAUGAUGAUGGCACAGCCACCGCAGAAUCUGAUUGCUCAGUCACAGUCUGGCACGGGUAAAACUGCUGCUUUUUCCCUGGCCAUGCUCAGCCACGUGAACCCAGCCAAUACGUGGACUCAGUGCCUCUGCAUCGCACCCACGUACGAACUCGCCCUGCAGAUCGGCCAAGUUAUUGAGCAAAUGGGGAAGUUUUGUCCAGAUGUGAAACUGGCUUACGCCAUUCGUGGAAACAGAAUGGAGCGAGGAGUCAAGUUGGAGGAGCAGAUCGUGAUCGGAACUCCGGGCACGGUCCUCGACUGGUGCAGCAAGUACAAGCACAUCGAUCCCAAAAAGAUCACUCUGUUUGUGCUGGACGAGGCCGACGUGAUGAUUGACACACAGGGCCACCGUGACCAGAGCAUUCGGAUUUACAGACUGCUGACCAGGGCAUGUCAGAUGCUGCUUUUCUCUGCUACCUUUGAGGACUCUGUGUGGAGGUUUGCGGAGCUGGUGGUUCCGGACCCCAACAUCAUCAGGUUGAAACGGGAGGAGGAGACACUGGACACCAUCAAACAGUUCUACGUGCUCUGCAAAGAGAAGGAGGACAAGUUCACAGCCCUCUGUAAUCUGUACGGCAGCCUUACCAUUGCACAGGCCAUGAUUUUCUGCCAUACUCGGAAGAUGGCCGCCUGGCUGUCCACACACCUGAUCAAAGAAGGCCACCAGGUGGCGUUGCUGAGCGGAGAGAUGACGGUGGAGCAGCGAGCCUGCGUGAUCGAACGCUUCCGGAACGGCAAAGAGAAGGUCCUGGUGACCACCAACGUGUGUUCCAGAGGCAUCGACGUGGAGCAGGUAUCCCUGGUGGUGAACUUUGACCUCCCCGUGGACAUGGACGGGAACGCGGAUAACGAGACCUACCUGCACCGGAUCGGCCGCACGGGGCGCUUUGGCCGGCGAGGCUUCGCGGUGACCAUGGUGGACAGCGAGCGCAGCAUGGGCAUCAUCAACCAAAUAGAGAUGCACUUCAACAGGAGAAUCACAAAGCUGGACCCCAGUAAUCUUGAAGAAAUGGAAAAGCUGUUGAGCUGAACAACAGUGUGAUCGGACAGGUGGCUCUCUUUCAGAGAGUAUUUUUGUUUUUUUCUUUUUCUUUCUUUUUCUAAAACUAAUUUCAGGUUGCCUUAAAGCUUUAAGCUGCAUCUCUCUGAGAACGCAAGCCGACGCUUAAAUUUGCAUGUUGAAGGUUUGCAGUGCUGUUGAUUGUCUGGAGUGAGCCAUUUCUAUAGUAGUGGUGUGAUCUAAGAAUGGCUCUUAACUGUGGAGUUUGCACGACUUAAUGGAGGUUGGGUUUGGAUUUAAAUGCUUGAGUGAUUUGAAGCAUGAAUGACUCAAAAUACCCUUUUCAGCUCAGUGGGAGCUAAUUAAUAUAAGUGUCCUUUACUUUGCAUGUUGAUUUGGUGUUCCAUUGGAAAGCUGUUGCUUAAUUUUUGUUUACAAGCACACACAAAAAAAAAACUGAUGUAUAAAUACUUGAACUUGAAGCUGGAAAUGCAGCUAUUCUGCUAUAAAAGAUUGAGAAGGCUAGUAUUCAACCCAUUCAGUUGUUCUGUAUUAAACACAAUACAUUUUUUGUGCACUUUACUUGUGAGUGUUUUAAUAAAUAUACCUGUGUGAG